CUCGUUCGCUCGCCUCGGCUCGUUAUCAGUCGUGAUCGCGAUGGCUUGAAUGUGACAAGAAGUGCUCCAAAAAUUAUAUACUAAUACGAAACACGACUAUGCACCAGCCAGUUCAAAUUGAAGAACUGAGAUCGAUUGGUGCAUAGAUAUCGCCCAAAAAUUAGUCGGUUUUGUUUACCCAACAGACAAGGCGUUUUGAAACGAUGCAGGGAACUGUCGGAGCUGCCAGUGUGCUGCUCCUGCUGCUGGCAUUGGCUGUCCAGCUUCAGUCCAGCAGUCAAACGGAAUAUAUAAGCAGCGGCAAGGAUAUAUGUCGCCUCUUUCCGGAUGGGACAAAGCUGCGCAAGCCCGGCUACUGCGAUCGGACAAUUGUGUGUCAGAAUCAUGUGAGCACAGAGGGCGAAAUAUGCACUGGCAGCGAAUCAAAAUUCAAUCUGGCCAGGGGCACCUGCUAUAAAUCACUGGAAACAUCGGAUAAUUACUGCAAAUCGCCGUGCACCUCGAAAACUACGGGCUAUGUGGGCGACGAUUACAACUGUGCCAACUGGCACUAUUGCGAGAAGACCAAACUUGUGACUAGUGGUGUUUGUGACUACGAUUUGUGGUUUGACCCGGAGAGACAGGUCUGCGAUUAUCCCAAGUUCGUGACGUGCAAUGCUCAGUAUGAGCUGUGCAAUGUGGUGCCCGCCGGUGUCACGAUUAAGGAUGAGCUCAAUUGCAAUAAGUAUCUUACUUGCAAGGCGGGUGUGAACACAACGACCGCUUGUGACGAUGGACUCUACUAUGAUGCGGCGACAGGAUCGUGCAUUAAGAAGUCCUUGGUGGAGUGUGAAAAGCAUCCGUAUCCGGAGAAUGUCUGCGGCACAAAGAAGCUGGCGAUACGUGACAAAUUUGUGGCCGACGGUGCCACCUGUCGCGGUUAUUUCCAUUGCCGCGAUCUGGGCUCAGGUGUGCCGGAUCCGGAGCCGAUGUGGCACCAGUGCCCCGUUGACACCUUUUUCAACGAGGAUAUCCAACUCUGUCAGCCCAGGGCGGAUCGCAAGUGCUCGGAGGAUCGUUGCGACGGACGUGACUCGGGCUUCGAGCUGGCCCAGAUUGAGGGUUGCCAGAAUUAUUUUGAGUGCGAGAAUGGUGCGGAAAAAACGCCAUUUAAAUGCGACGGCAAAAUGUAUUUUGAUGUAGCUACUCAAGCGUGUACAGCUGAGAAAAAGGAAUACGGUAGCUGCAGCUCUGAAAAGGACAAAUACGAUCCCAAUAACUGGGUUUUAUGAAUAAAUUCCAACCAAUAUUGACUUCAAUUCAUUUGAACAAAUUACGCAUUUUGUAAAUCUACAUCAUUUGUAUUUUAUAUAUAUUUAUCAAUUACUUGGAAACGACGCGCGCAAUAUUUGAAAAAAUGUCAGUUUACAGUCAAAAGGAAGCAAGCCCUAAAAGGUGUUCACAAUAGUGCUCGACAUGCAUAAAGCAGCGGCAUGGUGUACGCGAAGCAGUUUAUUCAAGCAGAUCAUUGUGGUGCACUGCUUCCUGCGCUUCGCCUACUGAACGAAAUGCACUGCUUUAUGUACUUUAAGACUUUAGCGCGUUUAUUUGAUUUAACUUUUUUUUUGUAUAU